GGCCUCAUUUGCACGAGCGUUUUUAGAGCUUCACUCAAUUUUCCGAUCUAUUGGGCCCAACAGACAGAGUGAAAUGAAGCGAGAGUUAGAAUAUGCAACCCAUAGAGGUACAAUAAUAUAGAGACGAAUUGAGGGAGGGGGGAGAUGACCGAACGAGAUGCUCUUACGAAACUUUCAGUAGGAGAAGCAGAGAAAGCGCUAUUAUUGUUGUCCUUUCAAAUCCUGAGUAAUGUCAAGGUUUUUUGUUGACCACCGUUUUUAUGGUGUGUAACAAUGGAUCCAACCAAAUUACGUAGGUUGUCUUGGGUAUGGUGUCAGGUAUGUUGAAAUGUGUUUUUAAUUUUGUCGCAUUGCUCACGGGCGCACGCGGUAUACAUCUAUACGAUCCUACUAUGUCGAAGUCGAACGAAACCCAAUGUGACACUAGUGACAGCUCAGAUAGCUGUCAAAUUUAGAAUAGCAAAUCGAUUGUUAUUGUUACUGACUGAAAUUUUGCAAAAUAUAGUAUUUUGUUUAUUUUUAUUUCGAUCGAAUUCUGAUAUUAACCAAUUCAUAAACGGAUAAAUGACUUAUAAUUCACGUUUAGUCUUCGUGUUCCUUGUUUAACGUGUUAUAUACCGAAAACCGUUUGUUUCUUCGUCUUAGCUCGGUGACCAAAAAUAAAUUAAAAUUUAAACUACAGUUUUUUUUUAAUGAUGGAUAAAGAGAACUAUGAAACAUACGAAUUCAUGCCUGCACCUGGGAGUAGUGCAGAAGCGGAACCCUAUCAGUUCUUUGUUGUGCAAGACGAUGGGACGUUUCUUAUUAACAGACAAGUGCAAUAUGUGACACAAGUGCAAGACACCCAGGAAGUUCUAGAGGGAGAGCAAGCCUGCACCAUGCUGGAUGUGGCUCCACAGCAGUUCUAUGUUGACAUUGACACUACUACUGAAAUGAUCUCUGUACCAGACCAGUUCAGCAUACCAGAAGGAACCAACAACUUGUAUGCUAACAGCUACCUUUUGCAACCUGAAACUGAGGCUCCUGUAGAUCAGGUAAAAGUUGAACUAAAACCAAUCUUGCAAGCAGAUAAUUCUGUCAUUGAAACUAAUAAGCAGGAUGUUUUGGCAGGAAAUAGUUUAACAGAGAUAACUCUGACAGAUGAGCAGUAUCAUAUAUUAGAACAGAAAGGUUGGAUCUUACUAGAAACUAACGAGAAGGUGUAUGUCCUAGACACUUUAGGGCUACAUGACAUAACUAAUAAUGAAAAAUUAAUACAAAAACUUAAAACAGAAGAUACCGCUCCUAAUAGUAUAUCUGAAGCCAGGGUAACUGAAACUGAACCCGGCUUGUUAAAGAUAGAGUAUCCACCACUAAGCGAAAUGGAUAUGGAGAAACUGAAUUGUGCCCAGAAUGAAAGCAAGGUAGAACUAGUAGAAGAUACAUCAGAUUUAGCUUUAAUGGUGGAUGACAAUAUUGAUAAUAAAGAUCAAGAAAUUGAGAAAUCUCAAUGGGAAGAGAAACCUAUCGCAGAGAAAACUGACACUCGUAAUAAACCGGUGGAAAACCUUUACUCCGGGGUUUGCGAUAACUGGAAAGAUGAGAAUGUUUUACGAAUACGCACUGACUUCUGUCUAAAAGAUAUUCCAUAUAAGAUUAUAUUAGGAAAAACUAAAAAUGGAAAGAGGCUGGUUUGCCGGGUCAUCAAAUCAGACGAAAAUGUUGCCAAAGAAACUCAACAUUCCGAUGCAGACUUAGAUAGCAUUUCUGACUCGAUUGGUUCUAGCGAUUUGGGCGACGACAAAUUAGACAGCAUAUUCAGGAUGUGCUUCACGGAGAGCACCGUGAAAUACAGCACCGAGGACGUGGCGUUCGCCGAGAAGGUCAUCAGGAACCUGGUGCGGCUGCCGGCGGUCAAGCCCGCUGUGGCCAACCGGAACGUGCUCGUUACUAAGGUAGUGGUGACACAUGAAGAUGCAAAUCUUAUAGAGAGCCUGCCCACGCUGGUGACUGGAGAAGUGGUGUCCACGGAUAAUAAAACUUGGCGAUUCGUUCACCGGCCAGAAUUAUACGCCACUGCGAAAGAUGAACUCUCACAAGCACUAGACAACUACACUGGAGUGGACCACAAUUUUCUGCACAUUCACAUCCACGAGAUUCGACUGCAAGACAUUGUGCGGACGUCGGUCACUUUGAAUAAACGACGUCUGGAACUAUCAAGCACGCAGCAUUCAGAAAGGAUAUUUAUACCAGCUCUGCCGCUGAAUGCCUCCACCGAUGCAGAGCCGGAGAACACCAUGUUCGGCUACGCCUGUGGCACCUGCGCAGCGAUAUUCAGAUCAGAGAGCGAUCUCAACACACAUCGAGAGACGCAUAAAAUGGACACUGAUGACAAAUUGACCAUAGACACUCUAGAAGAAAAUUACAACAAAAAUGGAAUCCUUGUUCUAUCCGAUCCCCUCAAUAAAACUAGAACGUUUGCCUGUAUGCAAUGUAACGCCAAGUUCCAAAGGUUAAACAACUGUCAGAGACAUGUGAAAACCCACAUGGCGCCCGUGGACAGCGAAAACCCAGAUGCCAAGAAAAGGGUAUACAAAUGUAAAAUAUGCUACAGUUUCUUUCACCAUGCUCCCACGCUGUUGAAACAUAUUAUGAAGAGCCAUAUUAAAGUGGAUAAAUAAUUUAAAAAA